AUGGCUCUCUCGCACCCGGUGGAGGCUUCCGGACAGAAAUCAGUUGGACUGCCCACCUGCUCGCAGGGCUUCAAUUCCCGGAAUCCAGGUCUCAGUAGGCCCAGCAGCCGAACAGACGAUGCCCGACUCUCGGGAGCAGGUCGCUUCGUGCUCGGGCGGGGAUCCGAGAAGAAGGCUUACUGCGAUGCCAAAGCCAACGUACCCCGCUGCUCCAGCGUGCCAUGGAGCAUCCUGUUGGAAAACGUGGAAGGCAAGCCCUCAAAGAAUGUACCCGUGGCCAGCAAGCUCAAGGACCCCACCUUCAAAGCUCUGAGCCCGGAAACGCCGUCUUGGAUCUGCGAAGUGAGCUCAGCGCUGGGAUCCGUGCAAACCGUACAGACCGGCGAGGGAUCUGAUGCUCUGAAGCAUUGGCUUUCGCGCUGGCAGCAGCAAAUGCAACAGCGGAGCCUCCAAGCGAGAGCCGGUGCAACAGCUUCGACGUCAUUCCAGCUAAAGCCAACCCGUGUAAAAGGCCUGGAUGCGCCAAAGCAGGAGUGGUGCAGGCUGAGCACCAAGGCUAAGCGAGCCAUACAGCAAUGGGUCGCAGGAGACAUUGGAGGGCGACACUGCUUGAUGCUCCUGGAGCACGAUGCAGCGAUCGACUUUUUCAUUGCCCCUCUCGACCAUAAGGAGAUGUCUGCCUCAGAUGUGGGAUCUGGUGGAGCUCUUUGUGCUUUGUCUGGGCUGCCUCUGGAUGCACCGGGCAGCCGUGAGGGUGGGUGGCUGUACCGGGAGGUCUUCUCGAAAAGUCCGACGAUAGUUCUGGAAGAGGCGCUCCAGGCAGCAAGCCUGGAAGCCGAAUGCGGGAAAGCUGUCAGCGCCGACCAGGUCAACCUCGGCCUGAGGCAACUGGCCUUGAAGGCGCAAGCCAGUGGAAUGCGCUCUCUGCUGUGUGGUCAAGAACCUAAUGGGCCGCGUUGCUCCGACGAGUACAUGAGGACACAAGUCUGGCUGGAGCUGGUGAGGCGGCACUUAGCCGACGGCGCCAAAGGAGGGCAGGGCUCUGCCUUGCUCCUCCAUGCCAAGCCGAAGGCUCGCCCCAAACGCUCAGCUGAAAAUGCAAGCCAGCUGUGGGAUGACGGGCAGUUCUUGAGAGACCUGGAAAAGCCGGACGAUCAGUUGGAAGCGCAAGCCAGCCGAAUGAGUUUGCCGAAUCUCCGUCGGCAGAAUCAGUCAAUGGAAACUUACAUGAUGAGGGUGGUGCGUCAGAGAGACUACCUGAAGCAUGUCAUGACUCUUGCAGAUGAAUGUGCAUCGUACUUCGUUUUGGGCUUGGAUGGCCCAACUGCGACGCCCGACGAGAUCAAGAAGGCAUACCGUGCCUUGGCGCUCAAAGAGCAUCCGGACAAGGCUGGCAUCGACAACAAAGAGCGCUUUCAGGAAAUCCAGGAGGCCUACGCUGCCGUCCUCAAGCGGAGCAAGUCUGAUGUCCAGCCGAAGGGCGGCGGAGGGGCAGAAGUCGGAUCUUCCACGCCAUUGCACAAGUUCACGAAGGAUGCCGUCUUCUAUGCAGAGCAGGCCAAGGAGGCUGCUGAGGAGAUCUCGCUUCUGGCCUGUCGCUCCUUUGAUCUUUGCGCCCUCGCGGCAGAGGCGCGUGGCCUUCAGAAGAGGGCUGCGCUUCGGGAGCUAAUGGCCAUAACUCGUCAGGGAGCUCUGCGACUCCGGGACUGCAGCACGAACAUGCGCAUUCUGCGAGUGAGCAGCUGUUGCGUGGCGGAGUGUGCAGCACAGGCCUUAGAAGAGUACGGCCAGUGGGCUGCCAGCAUCAUGUCGGGUGUCGGCUUGCAGGAGCGAGGAGAGGUAGUGAAGACCACAGGACUCUCCUGCGGGAUGACCGCAGACCAUCUCGACGACAUGGCAGUCAAUGACGAGAACAUGGUGGGCAUGUUGGAAAACCCAGAGUGCUCCAUCGAUCAAGUUUCAGCCAUCAGGGUGCUGAGCGAAAGCACAGCCCGAACAGCAACAGUCGUUCGCUGUGGAGCAGACAAAGCCAUCUGCAUAGCAAACAGCGUGCUCGAGCUGGGUUGCAGCUUGGCAAUGUUGGACCAGGAAUGUCGCCGAGAAAAGGCUCAGAAGAGUGAUGUGGUGGAGACUGCGGUCGGGGAGCCAGCGUCGACCGCGUCGGCAUCUGCCUUUCCCAAAGAGCCUGGGGAAGGGGCCGAAGGGGCUGGGGCUGGCCUUAGCCAGGUCUUCAGCCCCAAAGCCAAAGCAGGUCCGGGCAGAGAGGCCACUAAUGCCAUGAACUCGGAAGAUGAAGAGGAGGAUCAAGAGCAGGAUGAGGAGGCAGACGAAGAGGACAGCAAAGACGGCAAACCGAAGCAGGCGAAGCUGCUCGUGCGCAACCUCAGAUGGCUGGAGAGCCUGAACAAGGAGGUUCUCGAGUUGCAGUCCAAGCUGCGAACGUCGAUCCAGCACGACCGUGGCAUGCUCAAGGGUGUCGAGCCGGAGCACAAAGGCGGUGUCUUCGAUCUUGUGGGCCAGAUAUUGCACGCUGCUCUGGCAGAGGCGAGUAUCUGGUCCAAGGAUAGCGACAUCACGUCGAAGCAGGUCCUGGAGCGGUCACUCGCUUUCGCCCUCGCAUUGGAGCACACCAAGCAGGUUGCCGUGCCCGCCGAAGUCAAAACACAGGUGAUGAAGCAUGCGGCCCUUUUGGAUGUUGACCUGCUUUGUCAGAUCAUCGAGGGCCCCUUUCAGAAGCGCUUGCUAUCCAUCGGCGGCCGUCGGGGGGUUUCGAGCCUCCCACCGGGCCGGCCCAGAGCGCUGGGACCAGGCGCCAUCAUCUGA